UCACGUUCAGUUGGACUCUAGCUGCCGCGGCUUGUUCUUUGCCUUUCUGCCCAAUCCCUCGAAUCGGAGCAAUUCUAAGCGACUUUGGACGUCAGUAGCUUGUCACGCUGCGGUGGGACUAACGCCACUCCUUGUUCCACCCAUUCUCCCACUUCACAGUCCCCGACUGUCGCUCGCCCGCAUUUCUGACCCAUCGCUCCCCAACAAAAACACACAAACUAUGGAUAAAUCGGAUCUUAUCCAGAAGGCCAAGCUCGCCGAGCAGGCCGAGCGCUACGACGACAUGGCUGAGUGCAUGAAGGCGGUGACGGAAAUGGGAGACGACCUCACAAACGAGGAGAGGAACCUGCUGUCCGUCGCCUACAAGAACGUGGUGGGGGCCCGGAGGUCCUCUUGGAGGGUGCUCUCCAGCAUCGGAGGCAAGUCUGAUGCUAAUGAGAAGAAGCAGCAGCUGGUUAAGGAGUAUCGGGAGAAGGUGGAGAAGGAGCUGGAGGAUAUCUGCAACAACGUUUUGACACUGCUGAAUAAACAUUUAAUUGAGAACUCCAAACAACAUGAGAGCAAAGUGUUUUACCUAAAGAUGAAGGGGGACUACUUUAGAUACCUUGCUGAAGUGGCCUCUGGAGAUGACAAAUCAAAGACCAUUGAGAACUCGCAGCAAGCGUACCAGGAAGCAUUUAACAUCAGCAAGACUGAGAUGGACCCCACACAUCCCAUCCGUUUGGGUCUGGCACUUAACUUCUCUGUCUUCUUCUACGAGAUCCUUAACUCUCCAGAAAAAGCUUGUGAACUGGCUAAAACGGCAUUCGACGAUGCCAUUGCUGAACUCGACCACCUCAACGAGGAGUCCUACAAAGACAGCACCCUCAUCAUGCAGCUCCUCAGAGACAAUCUGACACUAUGGACAUCAGACACUGCUGGCGAGGAGGGUGAUGCCGGCGAAAGAGGCGAGGGCGGUGACACGGAGAACUAAAAGCGAAAAGAGUCCUUGGUCUCCAAAAAGAACAAAAGGAUUAAAAAAAACUUUUUACACAUCCUCCAUUCCUUAUUCCUCCAAUCCAACAUUCUACCACUGAUAUCCAUUUGUUGAAAAGAAUCAUGAAAAAAAAUGAAUUGGAGAAGAAAGAAAAAUACAAACUGAUUAGGAUGACCUAAAAGCAAAACCCUCCAUUCCUUUGGUUUGUGUCUGUCCUGGCCUUUCAGUAUGUGCAAUUUCAGCUGUAGAGAAAUAUUGAUAGCUUGACAUGGUAUUAUGCUCUUUCCUAAAGUUAGAGGCAGAAGCCCUUAAAGUCCCAACAUCAAACAACUGGAAGCUCAUCCUCUGAUUUUGUUUUUGUUUUUUGUUCCAGGGAAUAAUCUGGUUUGCUUUUUCCUAGCCUGUCAAAACACACUUAUGUGGUACGGUUACAGCUUCUGGAAUUCAACCUCCAGAGUAUUUCACGCUGCAGGGAAUGCCAGUGUUCUGUGCAUGCUGGCAGCAAAUACUUAGUAGUGCCCAUUGGAUUAAUCCUCACUUUAUGCCCUGGUUAUGAUGCCACUCUUUCACUGAAGCAUGUCUGUUCGGGGGAGGGGGAAACUGCAGGGAGGCUUGACUGAUUUACACGCAGGGACCUUUUUAGUGGGAAGAUGAAUACAAUUGUCAUUGCAUGUCUCGAGAUAUUACACUGGAAUGGGAACAAAUGCUGUAACACGCAGUGUCAAGUUAAAUAUUUUUCAAUGCAGGUUUGUACACAUCCUAAAAGAGGGUGAUCUGUUUGUCUGUCCAGUGAUUGUCAUUAGAGAUUUGGACCACUAUUGAUUUGCUAUUCAUUCAAUUGUAGUCCCCUAUAAAGCCUUGUGGAACCGUUUGAAUCCCUGUGUAACAGCUAUGUUAACAUGAAUAAAUCAUUUUAUAAACCA